AUGGCUCCCUCACUAGUGAUCUAUCUUCUCGGGCUUCUCACAAUACCCUUCCUCCGUCUCCUCCUCUCCCGGUUCCUUGACCGUCUGACCCGAUCCAAAGUAGAAGGAGAAGGCUUCUACUCCGACCGACGAGACACCUUCGCACUCAACGUCCUUGCGCCUCAGCAUGCAUGGUUCAAUAUGGGAUAUUGGGUGGGAGGGUGGGUACAAACCUUAUGUGUUUGGUUUGAGUUGCGUUUGCGGGAAGCUGAUUUGGCGAUCAUAUGCCUUCACAGACCCCAGCAGACGUUCGGGGAGGCAUGCGAAGCACUUUGUCGCCUCGUCGUGGAGGAAGCGGUGAAAGAUCGAAAAGGGUUUCACACGACGCGAGUAUUCGUACGUCAGGGCAAAGACCAGGCAUCUCAUGCUUUAGCUUCUCGGUACUGAAGCAUGUCGGUGAUGGUCCGAGUAGGAAGCGGGCAUGGGAUCUGGUGACUCUACCCUCGUUUGGGAGCGGUCGUUCGAUGGAUUGGAGUACACGGGCGUGACGUUGGAGGAAGCUCAGUAUAAAAGGGCCUGUAGGUGGGAUACUUGUGAACUAGAGUUUCUUAAAGAGGCUGUGCGGAACUGACUAUCUGGGGCGCCUCCAUGCAGGUCAGCGGACGGCCGAGCUCAAGAAGGCCAGGGUGGUGCACGGGGAUGCGGUCAAGGUGCUUCGCGAUUGUGAAGAGGGAGCAUUUGAUGUGGUUGUCGCUGUCGACUGUGCUUAUCAGUGAGUUACAAAGCUCGUCUCUGUUCUGAAGCAGAGGAACACUGGCUCACCAUCCGGAGCAAACCCUUCGCCUGCCCCGCUCAACCACUCCCAGCUUCCGCUCGCGAGACGACUUUCUUCGAUCUUCGUACCAAGCCCUCUCCCCCCACGGCUACUUAUGUAUGACGGACCUCCUCCUAACUUCCCGAAUCCUCGUGAUGCGCGAUCGAUUCCUCCUUCGUCUUCUCUGCAAAGCCGCUUCUCUCCCUUUCUCAAAUCUGCAAACGCCAAGUCGAUAUCGAGCCAAUCUCCUCCAUCAAGGCUACAAAGAGAUUGAGCUCAUCGACAUCUCGGACGAUGUCUGGCCUGGAUGGCUCAACUUCAUGGACCGCCAUGACCAGAGCCUCGGUUUUGGGUUGCAUGGUUCAACUUGGUCAGGGCUGAAGAUUUAUGCCAAGUUCGUCAAGUGGUAUUCGGGGGGCGGAAAGAAGGGGAAGGGCAAGCUGGGGUUCUAUUUGAUUAGAGCUAGAAAGUGAGUAGCGACUGCUUAUGGCUUUGCUGUUGUUGUACUACUUGAAAUUAUUCGAAUCUCCCUGAGUCGGCUGCGGUCGACCUGCUUGGCGAGGCGGCUGGCGGCUGGCGUCGGCAAAUCGGCAUGCCGAGUCACGCGGUCACGCGCGGCGCGUAUGCGAACAAGUGCGAACAGCUUCGCGCUCGACCGUCAUCUUGGGACGUCUUCGACGCUCAGUUCCCGACUUUGACGUCCUUCAAGCAGUCUGAAGCUUGCGUCCGUUCGCUCUUUCUUUGCUUCACGCAUCACCCCCAGCUUCACCGCAGUAUGUUACGAGUCACUCUACCCCGUUCGUUCCACUCUUCUCGAUACAAUCUCGGCACUCUCGGCAUUCGCGCCGAGGAUGCCAAACGGAUCUGGGAACGAAGAAGCGCCUUGACGCCGACACACGUCCAGCGCUUGAUCCGAGACGGCAAGCACAAGGUCUUGGUCAUGCCUUCCGAGAAGCGAUGCUUCACCGAUCAAGAAUAUCAAGAUGUGAGUCAUUCCCUUCCUUCCUUCUACAAGAACAUCCCUUAUCGCCUUCGAGCCCUUGGCUGUCUCGUGUCGCCGGUGGGUGGGGUGUGUGCCCCAGCUCGGCCGAAUCCGACUGCGCCGAGCCGAAGCAUACCGCAAAUCUUCACACGCCGAGCGGUAAGAGGUGCUACAACGCGCCAUUGGCCUAAAGUAUGUACGGAUAGGGGUUCCGUACUUUAGCCAAGAUGGGCAUCGUCAUGUAGGGUUUAGCGAGAGAGAUAACGGUCCCGAGAUGCCGACCGGCUCUUCAAGUGGGGGUUCGCGCCCGCGUGGUGCCCAGAGGUUGCGAGGGGUUCCCCUUUUCGAAGUCACGUGAUCCGAUCAGUCAGCGCGCCGCUCGCUGAACGAUCGUCCGACGAUAAUGAGCUGACAUUUCGACUCGGGUCUCGAUCUUCAGGCCGGUGCGAUUAUUAGCGAUGAUCUCUUACCCCACUGCGAUGUCAUCGUCGGGAUCAAAGAGAUACCAAUACCUCAUCUUCUCCCUUCGCCGUCCAAAACCCCGAGGGAACAGCCGACGUACCUCUUUUUCUCGCACACCCAUAAGGGCCAGUCCUACAACAUGCCCCUCCUCUCGACAAUGCUUCAAUCUGGUGCCCGCUACCUCGAUUGGGAACUCUUGACCGCUCCCAAAGGGCCGUCGGGCAAGCUCGAACGAACAACCGCUUUCGGUCGGUUUGCCGGAUUCGCAGCCAUGUGCGACGGCUUGUCAUCCCUCGGGACCAAGCUCUUGGCUUCUAGAGGUGUGGACACGAGUUUGAUCCGUCUCGUUCGUCCCAAUUCGAGUCGCGGUGUCGAAGAGUUGAAACAGCAACUUGUUCGAGCUGGCAAGGAAUGGAACGGGCCCAAGACCGGGGUGGUGACUAUUGCUGUGGCGGGCAAGGGGAGGGUUGGGAAUGGUGCACGAGAGGUGCUGGACGCUUUCGGUGUCGAAUGGGUCGAUUUGAAAGGACUGAAAUCUGCCGUUGAGAACCCAAGUAAGUCGCUCGCAAGUUCCUUGCCGGGCUCAGCUCCGGUAGGACCUAAGUAAUAGGAGCUAACUUUGUUUCUCACGCGCAGACUCGGACAAGAACAAGAUUUACGCCGUUCAUCUCGAACUUUCGGACUACUUGAAGCACAAAGAUGGCAAGAACUUUGACAGGGAAGAGUAUCGAUCUCAGCCUGACAACUAUGUGUCCAGAUUUGAUACCGAGGUGAGCUUCUACCUGUAGUCUGGGAUCAUUCUGAGCCACUCCUGACUUGGAGUGUUCUUCGAUAGGUUGCUCCCUACACGACGCUCUUCUUCAACGGCGCCUACUGGGCUCCGGGAUGCCCUCGCAUUCUAUCGACGUCUCAACUAGCCAAGAUUCAAAAGGACGGAUCCCCCGAGCGAAUGCUCGCGAUCGUCGACGCAGCAUGCGACUUUGACGGGGCUCUCGAGUUCGUCAAGGCCGCGACGACGAUCGAUGACCCGGUGAUUCAAUACGAUGCCAAUUCGGAUUUCAUCUCUCGAGAACCGAGCCAGAAAGGAGCCACGCAAAUCUCGGCCGUUGAGAUUUACCCCGCCGCGUUGCCGAGGGAUGCUUCGGAGCAUUUCUCCGAAUCGAUCUUGCCUUACGUCGAAGCGUUGUUGGAGGAGCCCAAGACGAGUCGAGUCAAGAAUGGCAACGAAAUUGUUGAAUCGCUGAAGAGGGCGACGUUAGUGGAGGGGGGCCAACUUACGCCUGGUCAUGAACAUUUGUACGAGGCGCUCAAAGGGGCUCAGUCGGUCGGUGUCAAGAGGCGCAAAGUCGUCGUCCUCGGUUCAGGGUAAGGGAGAAAAGCACUCUGGUCAAAUGUCGCAAAUCCGUUACUGAUGAUGUUGGGUAAUCAGUCUCGUUGCCGGCCCUGCGAUCCGAACGCUUGCGUCGAGGAAGGCCUUGGACGUCGUUGUGGCGAGCAACGAUCUCCCCGCAGCCGAAGCUCUCGCGGCUCCUUACGAGAACGCCAAGGCAGUUGCUCUCGAUGCGACGAGAGACGGUGUACUCGAAGAGCUGGUUACGAGCGCAGAUGUUGUGUUGAGGUACGUGAAUGCGGCACAACCCAAGCACUCUUCAGUCAUUGACCUGCUGGUUCGUUGAUCCUGCGCAGUCUAUUGCCCGCGCCUUUACACGUCGGGAUCGCGGAGCUUUGCAUCAAGGGAUCGACUUCGCUGGUUACCGCGAGCUACGUCUCUCCCGAAAUGGCUGCAUUACAGUCUAAGUACGUGCAUCCCAACUUUCGAGACGGAGAUCAGUCUGCUCACUGAAUGGGUUGCCAUCUUCAUCAUAGGGCUGCUUCCGCGGGAAUCACGAUCCUUCCCGAACUCGGUCUCGACCCCGGAAUCGACCAUGCUAGUGGAUGCCAAUUGAUCGAAGAGGCACGAGAAUCUGGGAACAAGGUGAGCCUAAUUUCAAGCCAGUGUCUGUUACACCCUAACUGAUACCGAGGUAAGUACGUUCAGAUCACUUCGUUCGUGUCCUUCUGUGGUGGUCUGCCAGGGCCGGAAUUGAGUAACGGUCCUCUCGGCUACAAGUUCUCGUGAGUGUGCUCCCAAUCUCACCCUUGGAGGUAUGGUCUGACGUCUUUUUGUUUGCUCUCUCAGAUGGUCACCACGAGGCGUCCUCACCGCCGCCCUCAACUCAGCGACCUUCCGACUAAACGGUAAAGACCGCACCAUCCCCGGUGCCGACCUCCUGCGUUCCAACUUCCCUCGCGUCCCCAUCCUUCCCGGCUUCUCCCUCGAAGGCGUGGCGAACCGAGACUCGGUAUCCUAUCUCGAGCAAUACGGACUUCCCAAGGACCUUCCUACCAUUCUCCGAGGUACUCUGAGGUAUCCUGGGUUCUCGAGGCUCGUAGAUGGGUUCAAGCGAUUGGGUUUGCUGUCGUUGGACAAGCUCGAGACGGUGCCUGUGAGGUGGAGCGGGUUGUUGGACGCCGUUCUCGCUGAGUCUGGGCAUCGGGCGAUCAAGACUCGUGAUGAGAGGAUCGAUGCUAUGACGAAGGCGUUGGGCGCUGAUGAGAAGCUGGCGAAAGAUUGUUUGGCGACGCUAGAAGAGUGGGUCUGACUUUAGUCGCCCUGCUCACCUCCCUCAAAGUCUCAUCCUCUACUCCUAUCCGCACAGACUCGGUCUCGCCCCGACAGACGCCCAGACCGUCACUGCCGCUCAAACCCUCCCCACUAUCCCGAACGAGCUCACAGCUCCUCUGGACUUGCUUUCGAUCCUCCUCGGCCACCAACUCGCCUACAGGCCUGACGAAAGAGAUGCCGUCCUGCUCCACCACGAGCUAUGCACCCGAGAUGAGAAGACUGGUGAGGUGGAGUUAUUCUCGAGCACAUUAGUUCAAGUGAGUGAAUGAGGGAGAUGUCAAACGAUGAAGUCGAUGUUUGUAAUACUCAUGGGGUUCUCCUGCUUUCAUACAUCAGUACGGCACUUCCGAAGCUUCGGCGAUGGCGACAACGGUCGGCGUACCUAUCGCGAUCGGAGCUCUGCUCAUUCUAGACGAGCAACUGACAAAGACGGGUAUCGUCACGCCUUCGGAUCCCCAAGUUUGGAAACCGCUACUAAAGGAGCUGGACAAGGUGGGCGUAAGGAUGGUUGAGACGAGGAGGAAAGGGGUCGGGCGUGGGGUGCUCGAAGAGUUAGCUUAG